ACGAACUGUAGAUACACUACUCAAAUACAUAACAUAAAUCUUUAAAAUGAUUGUAGAGAGAGAAACAGAGAGAGAAGAGAGAGAAGUUGAGGGGACUCUACUUUUUAGAUCUACUCUACCUGCUUUGUGAGCUUUGAAGCUCAUUCUUAAAUUCAUUCACGAGUUCUACAACGUAGAGAUACCUCUCUCACUAAACACCUCCGACAUUCACUCACAUUUUGUCAAUUCACUCAAUGCCGUAAUGUCUGUUGAUCUGAUACGUGUUUGUUGAGCAUGAUCUUCAGGAAUUGAUCUGGGUUUUUAUUAUUUGGGAACAACUAACAUGGGUAAGUUGUAAGAUCUUUGACUGAGAGUUUAUUUGCACUUCUUGAAGCUUAAUUAGUGCGUUUGAGCUCUGGAUUUGCAAAUUCGCAUUGAGUUUGUCUUGAGGAUAAUGGAUGUUCGUAUAUGAUUUUCCGGCCGCUUGCCGGAGCUCCGAUGAAGUUGCAGAUUUCCUUGAAUUAGCUCAGGAGAACUCUGAAUUUUGGAGUUCCACAUUGUGGAAUUAAGCAUUUCACACACAAGCUCGUAUACAUGUAUUUAUAGAGAGAGACGGUGAGGGGAGAGAAAAUGUUCAAGUCGGCGAGAUGGAGGAGCGAGAAGAACAAGAUCAAAGCUGUAUUCAGAUUGCAAUUUCAUGUAACUCAGCUAAAACAGUUAGCAGGCGAUACUUUGAUCAUAUCUAUCAUUCCAGCAGAUACAGGAAAACCAACAACAAGAUUAGAAAAAGCCAAAGUCAAAGAUGGAAAUUGUUAUUGGGAAAAACCACAUUGUGAAACUGUGAAGUUUGUUCAAGAUCCAAAAAAUGGAAAAUUUCAUGAGAAAAUCUAUCACUUUUCUCUUGCAACGGGCUCUUCAAAAUCCAGUGGAAUUGGUGAAGUUUCAAUUGAUUUUGCAAGUUUUGCUGAAACUACGAAGACCUCUUCUUUAUCUCUUCCUCUUAAAAAUGCAAACUGUGCUGCUAUUUUACAUGUAUCAAUUCAAAGGGUACAGGAGUCAUUAGAUCAAAGGGAUUUUGAUAAAAGUGAAAAUGCAAACCGAGAAGAUAGGAGUUUAAGGGCUCAAUUAACCAAUGGAAAUACAGAAGAAAUCAUUCAAAGCAAUCCUAAUGAAGAUUGUGAGGUUUUGAAUGAUAACAUUAACAGAGAUAAUCGAACAUCCAGUGGAUCUGAUCUCACAUUAUCAGGUUCUGAUCAUGAACAACCACCACCUGCAACAAUUCAUGAAGAACAUGAACAUGAACAUGAGAGAGCAUCACAAUGGGAUUGGUUAGAAGGUUCACCUCCUGAAUUAAGCACAGAUGAAUCUUCAUUAUCAGAAGAAGGUUCACCAGAUGCCAUGAUCAAAAAGCUCAAAAUUGAACUCGAUGUUUUGGCUAGACAAGUUGAUGUUUCAGAGUUAGAAUUACAGACUCUUCGUAAGCAGAUAGUGAAGGAAAGAAAAAAGGGUCAGGAUCUUUCAAGGGAAGUGGAUGAACUUAAAGAAGAAAGAAACGCGUUCAAGGAGGUGUGUGAAAAGCUCUCAGGAGAAUCCAGAGUCAAAGUCAAAGUCAAAGUCAACAAUGGGGAUCCAUGGGAUCUUGUUGAUGAACUGAGACAAGAACUUAACUAUGAAAAGGAUUUGAAUUCCAAUCUCAGAUUACAACUCCAAAAAACACAAGAGUCAAACUCCGAGUUGAUUCUUGCAGUUCAGGAUCUUGAAGAAAUGCUGGAACAGAAAGAUUCGGAAAAGUCAAAGUCAAAGUCAAAGUCAACAGAAGUGAAAUCUGAGAUAGAUGAUGAUGAAGAUCAAAAGGCAUUGGAAGACAUUGUGAGAGAACAUAGUGGCAUGCAGGAGGCGUUUUUACUAGAACAAAAGAUAACAGAUCUGUAUGGCGAAAUAGAGAUGUACAAAAGAGAUAAAGACGAGCUCGAAAUGCAAAUGGACCAAAUUGCCCUUGAUUAUGAAAUCUUGAAGCAAGGAAACCAUGAUAUGUCUUACAAACUUGAACAAAGUCAACUUCAAGAACAACUCAAGAUGCAAUACGAAUGUGGCACAUACACUGUAGUCAAUGAACUCGAAUCAAAAAUAGAAAGUUUGAACAAUGAGCUAAAAAUGAAGUCAAAAGAAUUAUCAGAUUCAUUUCUAGCCAUUGAAGAGCUCAAAACCUAUGUCAAGAACUUGGAGAAAGAUUUGGAAGAUCAAGAAAACGGUUUUGAAGCAGAUAUUGAAGAUCUCAUGAAUGAAAAAGUCAAACAGGAGCAAAGGGCAAUUCGGGCAGAAGAAAGCAUGAGAAAGAUGAAAAUACAAAAUGCUAAUACAGCAGAGAGACUUCAAGAAGAUUUCAGGAAGCUUUCUACACAAAUGAAUUCAAGUUUUGAAGCAAAUGAGAAGGUGGCAAUGAAAGCCAUGGAGGAAGCCAAUCACCUUCGUGUAGAGAAACGUUAUCUUGAAGAUAUGGUCAAGAAAGUCAAACAAGAUUUAGACUUUUUUCGCGUUCAUCAUGAGGAAAAGCUGGUUGAUCUUUUGAAACAAAUAACUCUGAAAUCAAAACUGUUGGAGAAGAUGGAGAACCAAAUGGAAGAUUUAUCUUCCAUUUGUAGAACUAAGAUUGAGAAUCUUGAAGAUGAAAGAAAGAAUCUUGAAAAUGAGGUUCAUUUUGUAAAGAUGGAACUCGAGAAGUCAAAGAAGGAGUUGACCGAAUUAACGGAUGCUAAUACGCAAAAAGAUUGUGAAAACGAACGGUUGAAUUCAGAGAUUGAAAGUCUUGAAUCACGAUAUAAUUACAUGAAGCUUUCCAUUGUAGAAGAUGAAUCUGAGAAAGAGAAGAUGAAGAUCCAAAUAUCUGAAUUAAAAGGAGAAGUCAGAAAGAGUCAAGAUGAAUUAAAUUUAAUGGAAAAGAAGCUUAAAGAUAGUAGCAAUCGAGUAAUAAUGUUGGAGGGAUUAAGUAAAGCUGCUUCAAGAAACACCCCAAAAAGCUCAAAAGAGGUUACCAAUUUGAAGAGCAAAAUAGAGCUACUUGAGGGUCAAAUGAAAAUGAAGGAAACAGCUUUGAAAAGCUCUGAAAGUUCAUUUCAUGAGAAAGAGAAAGAUCUUCAACAUAAAAUAAAAGAAUUGGAAACAAGAUUAGAGGAUCUUGAUCAGAGCAUUGUGAUUUCACAGGCUUCAAGGGCUGAGGAAAUUGCAUUAUUAAAGAAAUUAAACAAAUCCAUGGAAGAAGAACUGUUGGAAAUGCAAGAAAGAUAUUCAGAAAUAAGUCUGAAAUUUGCAGAAGUAGAAGGUGAAAGGCAAAAACUUGUGAUGACUUUAAGAAACGUCAAGAACGCAAAGAAAUCCCAGAGAUAAUCAAAUGUUGUCAUGUGUAAAUCAGUAAUAUUAAUAUAUAUAUAUGGUCUUUUCUUUUAUUCUUUUUUUUUUUUUUUUCAAAUUUUCAUUCGUGUUUCUUUCAAUAUGUUAAUUACGUAUUUACAUAUACUCCUCAUGGAUAAUAUACACUAUAUAUAUAUGAUAUACGAAAAAGAAAUCCCAUGAUUUUGUGUUAA